CAUUCUUAUAACGAAGAGUCGAAGACUGUGAUAGCAAUUAGCAGGAGAGGAGAGUAAAUAAGAGAAAAAUGAGGGCCGUGGUUCAGCGAGUAGCCUCAGCUAGCGUGGAGGUAGAAGGCCGCACUGUAUCAGCAAUUGGGCCUGGCCUGCUCGUUCUCGUCGGCCUUCACGACUCCGACGUUGACUCCGAUGCUGACUUUAUAUGUCGCAAAGUGUUAAACAUGAGAUUGUUCCCAAAUGACACUACUGGAAAAUCCUGGGAUCGAAAUGUUAUGCAAUUGAAUUAUGAAGUUCUUUUAGUUAGUCAGUUUACAUUGUAUGGGAUAAUGAAGGGAAACAAGCCGGAUUUUCACGUGGCAAUGUCUCCUGAUAGAGCGAGACCUUUUUAUAAUUCUGUGGUUGAAAGGUUUGGGAAAGCUUACAGAACUGAUGCAGUUAAAGAUGGUAUAUUUGGAGCAAUGAUGAAGGUCAACCUGGUCAAUGAUGGCCCCGUAACAAUGCAUCUUGAUUCAUCUCAAUCGCCCAAGAAUGGUAAUAAUGAAGCAGCAGGAGCAUCACAAGAGUCAAGUUAGCCUAAACCAAGGGAUACUGCUUUUUCCAACCCAGAGGUACAAGCAAAAUUGCAAUGCGCAUAUCUGAUGGCUAACUUUUUGUCAGAAAAACAUUAAUUUUGUUAUAUCAACACAGCAUUGUUGUCUUGUGGUAAAUGGAAGGUCCUUUAUCGAUCCAAGUUGAUAGUAUAUUACAGUUUUAAUAUAUUUGCCUUUUUCAUUAAAGGAUCUGCAUUCAAAUUUGUGUAAAGAACUUCUAUUCUAGCAUCCUUAUGAUUAGCAGUUAAUGUCA